AUGAGAUCUGUUACUACUGAAACAUCUGCUUGGGGUAUUGGCAAAUUCGCGGGGAGGGAUAGGACAUGGAAGAGUAGAAAUUCUGAAGUGAUUGCGAAGGCGCCUCUGGAAUAUGCAAGAACUAUGCCACAAAUGAGGAAGCCUGAAGCUGGGAUCAACGUGAGUCAGGAUUCUGUGAAGCCCAGAGAAGUGAAUCCAUCAAAGAGAGAGACAACAUUGGCUGGAUCAAUACUUGAGAGAGAGGAAAGAGUGCCACGGCUUUCAGGACAACAUAUGGAGGACAUAGAAAACUGUCACCAUCCUGACUCAACCCCCACUCCAUCCAUGGACAGCUUCGAAUAUAUAUUCCACUUUGUGCUUGCUUUAAUUAUUGUUAGUUUCUUAAUGGUGCAGUUAUAA